UUUAAUGCUGUUUUCAAUGUCACGAAAAUGAAGCGGAAACAUUCAUUCCGACUGGACGUGCACGCGCGGCCAGCACAAAGCACACCACGUGUGAGGUUUCACUUCCCGCCCCGUCGUGAUUGACAGCCGCGUCGGCCAACGAGAGGCAGCGCUCCCCGCUGGCCAAAAUCGAAGCGGGCCAAUCACAAAGCGGCUGAGGCGGAUCCACUUUGGGGAGAAAAAGAGAAAAGAAAAAGGAAAAAAAAGAGGGCGCCUGCCUGCCUGCCUCAAGGCUCGACUCGCGCCGCGUCUCAGGACGUCCGUCCGACUAGUCCCGGUUCUCAUCCCGGUCGUGGCGAGCGACUCUGGUCCCGGUCCGGUUCUUGUCUUGGCUUCGGCAUGCGGAGCGGCCGUAUGGCGCGCCUGCUGGUGGCGCUGUUGUGCGUGGAAGUGUCCGGUAAGUACACUGCUGCUGCUUCUUCUUCUUCUUCUUCUUCUUGUUCUUGUUGUUCUUUUUCUUCUUCCUACUUCUUGUUCUUUUUGUUCUUCUUCCUCCUCUUCUUCGUCUUCUUUUUCUUGUUCUUGUUUUUGUUGUUGUUCUUCCUCCUCUUGUUCUUCUUCCUUGUUGUUCUUCCUCCUCUUCUUUUUCUUGUUUUUAUUCUUCUUCUUCCUCCUCCUCUUCUUGUUGUUGUGCUUCUUCUCCUCCUUCUUCUUCUCCUUCUCCCUCUUCCUCCUCUUGUUCCUGCCCUUUGCUGUGAAGUAACGGAGUCCAAAUUCUUGGCGCGUGGUCCCAAGUGGAUUUUUCAGCUGGCUCUGCUUGACUCGAGGAGUCCAGUCACCCCCGACCACGUUCGAGACCUGCCCGCGAUAGCGGGGGCGGUCCGCAGCGACGUGGACUCCGACGACUCGGCGGAGGCGGUCCCGACGCUGCUGUCCGGACCCGGCGACCCCGACCGCCUGCUGGUGUCGCUGUCGGCGUUCGGCCAGAACCUCCGCCUCAACGCCACCAGAGACGGCGGCCGCGGCGGCCUGCUGGCGGCUCAACUGGCGGUGGAGGAACGGUGGGCCGCCGGGGCGUCGCCCACCCGCUCGCGAAUGGACCGGAACCAGCUCUGCCUCUACUCUGGAUCCGUCCUCGACCGACCCGGGUCGCUGGUGUCCCUCACUGCCUGCGGAGGCCUGACGGCUCUGGUGCACGUGGGCGGUGAGGUGCUGUUCGUCCGCCCUUUGGAGAAGCGAGAGCUGAGCAGUCGGUUGGGGGCGUUCUCGGGCCUCAAACAUCAGGUGAUGCGGCGGCGCCGCCGAGCCGAACGGGACGCGGAUCACGCGUCGCAACGCUGCGGAACCGCACGACAAGACGUGACGGAGCGGAAGAGUUCAAAGGUCACGGAGGAACUUCGCGCCAAGCGCGCGGCGAUCGGCGUCGAGGACGCGUACACGGUGGAAACGCUGCUGGUGGCCGACUCCGACAUGGUCCGGUACCACGGAGCGGACGCCGCUAAGAGGUUCUUGUUGACCGUCAUGAACAUGGUGUACAACAUGUUCCAGCACCAGAGUUUGGGCGUGAGGAUCAACAUUCGGGUAACCAAGUUGGUUCUGCUUCACAGCCGCCCCGAGACGCUGAAGGUUGGCCACCACGGCGAGCGUUCCCUGGGGAGUUUCUGUCAGUGGCAGCAUGAAGAGUUCGGAGGACCGCGAUACCUGGGAAGCAAUCAUGUUCCCGGAGGACGUGACGAAAUCCCGCCUGUGGACAGCGCCGUGCUGGUCACAAGGACAGACUUCUGCGUUCACAAGGAGGAGCCUUGUGACACUGUUGGUAUGGCGUACCUGGGCGGCGUGUGCAGCGCCAAGAGGAAGUGCGUGUUGGCCGAGGACAACGGCCUCAACUUGGCCUUCACCAUCGCGCACGAGCUUGGACACAACGUGGGCAUGAGCCACGACGACGACCACGCCGCCUGCGCGGGCCACGCCUACAUCAUGUCCGGCGAGUGGGUGAAGGGACGCAACCCCAGCGACCUAUCCUGGUCGUCUUGCAGCCGCGACGACCUGCAGAAGUUCCUCAGGUCCAAGUCGAGCGCCUGUCUGGCGCACACGGAUCCGAGGACCCGCGAUCAGCUGCCGCUGCCUCCGAAACUUCCCGGGAUGCAUUACAGCGUCGACCAACAGUGCCAGAUCCUCUUCGGAAGCAACGCCACGUUCUGCUCCGACAUGAAGCACCUGAUGUGCGCCGGCUUGUGGUGCCUGGUGGAGGGCGACGGCUCCUGCAAGACCAAACUGGAUCCUCCUCUGGACGGGACUCAGUGUGGACCAGACAAGUGGUGCCGUGCGAGCGAGUGCGUGAGCAAGACGCCCAUCCCGCAGCACGUGGACGGCGACUGGAGUCCUUGGAGUCCGUGGAGCAUGUGCAGUCGGACGUGCGCCACCGGAGUUCGGUUCAGACAGAGGAAGUGCGACCACCCCCCGCCGGGUCCGGGCGGGCACCCCUGCCCAAACGCCAACGUGCAGCACAAAGCUUGCGAAGGUCCUCCGUGCCCAAAGGGGGCGCCGAGCUUCAGGGACCUUCAGUGUUUGUCGUACGAUCGAAACGGCGGCAAGAAGAAGAGCGACGUGCUGACUGCCGUCGUCGAUGACGAGAAGCCGUGCGCGUUGUUCUGCAGUCCGGUGGGCCGGGACAUUUCGGUGCUGAUGGCCGACAGGGUGAUGGACGGGACGCCGUGCGGACCCUUCGAGGCCGACCUGUGCGUCAAUGGCAGGUGUCAGACAAUCGGAUGCGACGGCGUCAUCGGUUCUUCGUCCAAAGAAGACGUCUGUGGCGUUUGUAACGGGGACGGACGAUCGUGUACUGUUAUCAGGGGAGACUUCAACCACACCAGAGGCAUGGGCUACGUGGAGGCAGUUGUUAUUCCUGCGGGAGCGCGAAGGAUCAGAAUCGUGGAGGACAAGCCUUCACACAGCUUUCUGGCGCUGAAAGACGGCGGCGGCGGCGGCGACGGAAAGUCGAUCAACAGCGACUGGAAGAUCGAACUUCCGGGAGAGUUCCGGGUGGCGGGCACCACCGUCAGAUACGUCCGGAGAGGAUUGUGGGAGAAAAUGUGGGCCAGGGGGCCCACCAGCGCGCCGCUGCGCCUCCUGGUGCUGCUGUUCCAUGACCGAAGUUACAGUAUUCACUACGAGUACACGUUGUCCCUGAAUGCAUCGCAGGACAAGCGCCGCCCCGAGAGCAAAGAAACACAACAACAACAACAACAACAACAACAACAUCAUCAUCAUAACAACAACAAUGGUGAUCAUCUUUACAUCUGGACGCACAGCGGCUGGAACUCCUGCAACGUGCACUGCGGAGGAGGCGAGAGGAGGACGGCGGUGUCCUGCGCGCGUUUGGCCAACAAGACCGCCGAGGUCGUGGACGAUUCUUUUUGUCGAGCGGACAAUCGGCCGCCGCCGCGAGUGGCGGCGUGCGACCCUCGACCCUGCCGCUUCCGGUGGGUGUCGGGCGAGUGGGGCCCGUGCUCGGCCACGUGCGGCGCGGGCACGCAGCGGCGUCGGGUGGCGUGCGUGCAGCGGCGGCACGACGGCUCCCCGGCGGCGGGCGGCGCGUGGGAGGAGGAAGAGCGGGAGGGCGGGCGCUGCCAGGGUCCGCGCCCGCCGCCCCUGCGGGCCUGCGAGGGACGGCGCUGCCCCGGCCCCGGCGUCGGCGUCUGGGAGGCGUCCGAGUGGUCGCAGGUCGGUCGCGAGAAAAUGUGCUCGGAGGGUUGCGGCACGGGGGUGCGCACUCGCAACAUCACGUGCGGCGGCAACUGCGACCCGCUGACGCGACCCGACCGCCAGGAACCCUGCCAGGACCGUUCGCACUGCUACGAGUGGAAGACCGGCCAAUGGUCCAAGUGCUCGUCGUCGUGCGGCCGGGGCCUGCGGUCGCGAGCGGUGCAGUGCAUGCACAAGGUGACUGGUCGCCACGGCAACGAGUGCCCGCCCGACGCGCGCCCGCCGACCUAUCGGCCCUGCGGGCGCGGGGAAGCCUGCCGGCGCGAGGUCGCCGGCGUGGACGGCAACACCAUCACCUCGCCCAGGCUAGCCGCCCUGACGUACAAGUGUUCCGGCGACCAGUGGCCCGUGUACUGCCGCGUGAUCCGCAAAAAGAACCUUUGCCAGGACAUGCGCUGGUACCAACGCUGCUGCCAGACGUGCAGAGACUUUUACGCCACCGAGACCUCGUGACCGCCGACCCCGAGUGACAGGAAGUGACCCCCGAUGACAGGAAGUGAACGGUCGCAAACACAAAGACCUUUCUUUAAAAAAAAAAAAAAAAAAAAAAGACAAAGCCAAAGCAGGUGGGCGUCCGACGACAUCUGGUUCGGUUUCUGGAACUGCUUGGUCCGGCUCUAAUUCUGGUUCUUCUUCUUCUUCUUCUGUCUUUUGUACUUCUUUUGGGUUCUACUUCUGGCACCGUUGUCCACUUACGGUUCUGCUUCUAACUCUGGUCCAACUUCUUUUGGGUCUACUAAUUCCAGCUCGACUUCUAAAACCGUUCAACUUGUUCUGCCUGUAAUACCGGGUUCUACACCUGGUUCUGCUUGUGUUUCUUCUGGUUCCUCUGAUGUUGGUUCUUCUUCUGGCACUUGCGCUUCUGCUUCCAAUUUCUUUUUCUUCCUAAACUGAUGUCAAGUUGUUCUGCUUCCAAUUUUGGUUCUACUUCAGUUUCCUCCGGUUGUAUUUCUUCUUCUGGUUCUGCUUCUUGUAGUUAUUCAGGUUCUACUUCUACCACGCUUCCUUCUGCUUGUAUGUCUUCUGGUUUCCAACUUCCUCUGGUUCUACUUCUCGUUCCAAUGCAGGCGGCACCAUUGCACACUUUGAAUACUAAUAAUAACGAUAGCGCAUGCUACUCCGCUAAUAAUGGUUGCUCCUGUAUGAAAGCCUGCACUUAGCCAAUGUUGCUAACAUAGCCGGAGUGACUACGCCCCCAUCAGUGGCAGGAAGUGUUUCACAGACCUCGUAACGCUUCCAAUGCUAAUGCUCACAUGCAUUAGCCUACUGAUGCUAAGCAUAGCGCAUUGCUAACCGAAGCCUAAAAAGACAUGUUUUGAGACAGGAAGUGGAGGGGCGGGACCAGGUUUGUCAGACAGCUUAGUGUUUACUGUUCGCAGCGACCUGGAAGUCGUCGCUACGAUGUCAUCAGUUGGCUCCUCCCCUUCCUUCCCCGACAGGAAGUGUCAUCAGAGGUGCUAUCUUAUGUUGUAUUAUUAUUCAGAUUAUUUAACACAUUCAUGAUGGUUGAUGUUUGGAUUAGUCAGCUGCCAUUUUGUGUACUUUUUGUUCUUGAUGUCCUUCUUGGUGCUCUACACAAUAAACGUUCUCAUGUGGCUCAUGUGACCACUCUACCGACGCA